UGGAAUAGGGGUCGUGACGUCACGGCGAAGAAAGUUUCCCGCUCGUACCAGGCGACAGUCGACGAGUGGCAGCCGCGCGGAUCACACGCGUCAUGGACGAGUGCGCUACAGAGAAACAAUCGCGCGAAUAAUCAUGUCGCUUCGGAGGUUGCUGAGUGCGGUGAGGACCGCGCGCGAGGCUAUCACGCGCGGCGCUCCCAUGGCCGACGGACUCCUCAAAUCAUUAGUUUCAAUUAUAGUUAUAUGUUUCAUCGCAGUGUCUUCACCGCCAUCCGCAUCAGCAAAACCAUUUGCCUUCAGCUUUCCAGCCGGCUGGUCAUUGGCCGGUCUUGUAGGCACAGUCGGAGCGAGGUCCGACGAAGCGGAGAGAAGAGAACCAGCGGCCGGUGUAAAGCCGUACACAGGACGAAGAGUGAGCAAUGACACGCUUCGCAUGAUCUACUACCACGACCAGACAGUUGCCGUUGUGGAAUUAGGACCUGGAAAGUUGCUGCUCAAUUGCGAACUCAUUGAAACUUAUGAUGAGGAAGACACAUCGCGGCUGCUACGUCAGCUAAGCCGCAUCAACCGGCCCUUCGCCGUCACUUUCCGCCAGAUGAUCAAACUAAUGAGCCAGUGCCAACAGGUGGAUGGAGUGGAAGCUGAAGACGAGGUGGAGCGGCGGUCGACGGGCCAAGCUGCACGCGACUGGCGUACCGGCGUCAGCGCACGCGCACGUCUCGACGCAGGCGGUGCGCACGCCGGCCUACUGGGCGGCAGUCCGCUUACGCUGCUGCAGGGAAUUAUACCUGGUACAAAAUGGUGUGGUACAGGCGAUAUAGCGGCCGACUACCACGACCUAGGCGCAGACCGGCGGCUGGACCGUUGCUGUCGUACACAUGACCUCUGUCCCACCAAAGUGCGCGCUUUCACCCGACGCUACAACCUCACCAACAAUUCGAUUUACAGCAAGUCGCACUGCCACUGCGACGAUAUGCUCUUCGACUGCCUCAAGGCCACCAACACCUCCGCCGCUCACCUUAUGGGCCACAUCUACUUCAAUCUAGUUCAAGUACCUUGCUUGGAGGACUCCCACGAUGGGCGACAGUUCCGCGAUGCCAAACAAGGCUUUUAACGGCAUCUAGCGGUCAAUAGCAGAACUAACAAUACAACCUUUAAGUAUAGCGCCAUCUCUUGACAAACUUUUAAAUAAGUGUCGCACAGAGUAGUUUAUGAUGUAGUUAUUUUUUGUGUCGUGUGUGUAAAUAAAUAAAAAUUAAAUAUUAGGCGUCAUACAUCAACCUGUGAUAUGUCUGUGCCUUUGAUGUGUGGUAUGAGUAUUUUAUGAUGGCGCUAUGCGAACACAACUUAUGCAUAGUUAGUGAAUGUUAUUUUAAGAUUAAUUAUUUAUUUGUUACAUUUAAAAGUAUCUUUUUCGCAUGAAACACGAUCAAUUCAUGAAUUCGUGACAAAGGA